ACACCAAUACAUGUGACGAUUUUUCCUGGCAUCUGGGGAAAAGGAAGAGCUGACACAUAAAAGAAAAAAAAAAAACUCUAUUCUCGUAGAUGUUGGCUAUAUUUAUAGGUGAAAUUAUUGGCAAACUUUUGAACACGCCAUCUUUUUUUCGUCUCGAAGACGCCGUCCUCUGCCUCUCGCCUCAUCUGUCAUUGCCAUCUUAUAAAGAUGAAAAUUUAACCCCCUUCCAUCAAUCACUUUCUCUUCUCUGAUCCAUUCCCCUGCAAGCCCCAAAUCUGAUAAUUUGAAAUACAAAAAAAAAAAACACACCCAUUGACCCCCCAGCUAUUUCUCUUCAAUGAUCUUGACACUAUAAACUUCCACCGUUAAAACCUUCAUUUUUUAUACUCGAUGAUGCCAAUUACUUUCUCAACAUCCUUCCCUUUCCUCCUAUUGGUUCUACUCGCAACUUCAAUUUAAAGGAGUUAGAUUUGAUGGGUCAAUGGUGGAUAUCGGUGAACUGGAAAGAUGGAGAACAUGAGGUGGUUGUGGAGAUGAGCAUUACACAUACCUUAUCGACGAAAUUGACGCUUGAGUACGAGUCUGAGAACAUUAAGGAAGCAUUAGAGGAGUUGAAGCUCAAUACUCCAUCUACUUCUCGUGAGAAUAUAGGAUUUCAGGAUUAGAUUUGAUGGGACAAUGGUGGAUAUGGGGGUGAAGUGGGCAAGAUGGAGAAUGGUGAGAUGGUUGUGGAGACAAGCAUUACGGGUACCUCGCCUGCAGCAUUGACGCUUUGGUGCGGGCUAGAGAGCAUCAAGGAAGCUUUGGAGGAGUUGAAACUCAAUCCUCCAUCUUCUCAUUGGAUUAUAAGAUUUCAGGUUUUGGAAGAUAUGCGAGGUUUAUUGCAACCAACAGACGAAAGAAAGCAAGCUGCAGUUGCUGAGCUAUCUGGUAAACAUCAAAAGGAUAAGGGUCAACUCCUUGCAAUUGUUGUUUGUAGAGGAUUAUCGGGCACAUCAGUUUUAAAUCUCUGCCAAAUGUGA